CGCGCCUGUGUCAUUGUGCCUGUCGUGUACUUACACGUUGCCAAAUUUCUCGUAUUUACGCUACAAUCUUAUCAGAUUUCUACGUUUCCAGUGCAUUUUGUGGUACAUUUUAAGUAAUUAACAAUGUCUUCCCCUGAUGAAAGUGCUCAACUGAAGGCAGGACACCCUCCUGCAGUCAAGGCUGGUGGCAUGAGAAUCACACAACACAAGACUCCUCACGCCAACCCUAAAGAACCAGCAAAUGAAGACCUGACAGGCCUGUCCGGACCAUCUCCAGUUCCGUCCAACCCAGUGUCCAUCUCCGGGGCACCAAACCGAGGGAACGCUGACUUCACUCCGGUUGCAGCGCAGGUGGCUCACAGUCCAAAGCCUCCCGCUCACAUUAAUGUUGCGCCGAAGCCCAACAUCCAACAACCGAGGAAGUAGAUACAUUGGAAUUCUACAAAUGAGCAUAUCAACAUCUGUCAGUUUACCAUUAGGUGCUCUCUUGAAAUGGCACAAGAUUUUUUUUGGAGUGAAGCACUGGUACAAACAAUAGUUACAUUUUCGUUGUAGCAAAUAGAUCUUGCUGCAAAAUCCAUUAUACAUCAACAAAAUAGUCAUGGUAAGUUACAUAUGAAUAUUAUUUUCCUGGGUAAUUUUUAUCUUUACUGAAGAUGCAAAUUCAACUAUUAAGUGUAUUGAAAAUCUUAGAGCUUAUUAUAAUAUAAAUGAAUAAAGUCAAGGUGAACCCCCCUUUGAACGCCACUCCUGUCCUGUGCGUCAGUUGGCGACCAAUUUGAACACCUAAUGUGAACUGCCUGCCUCACUAGCCUAGUGAUUAGAUUGGUAUAGUUGAACUAUUAAGUAUUGCUUGCUUUGGUAAAUAUAGUACUGAGUUUUUUACACAGUAUUAUUUCACUUAAAGACAAUCCAAGUUUUAUAUCAAACUAUUUGUUUUCACCUAUGCAUUUAAUUUUUAACAAAAUCAAUUUCUAUUGAAUUCAAUUUAGAUAUUAUAUACUAUUUUAUAACAACCUAAUCAAUGCAAGGCUAUUUAUACAUUUGUAUGAAAAACUGUGUGCUCAUUUAGAAAAUAAAAUAUCAAUGUUUGAUAUUAUCUAACUAUAGAUAAUUACAACAUUACAAGUCAACUAUAAUAUAUGUUUCCGUUUACUUGGAUACAUUAUUUUCUAACCUCGGAUACAUAAUGGUAUAAUAAAUAGAUCCAAGUAAAUGGUACCAUAAUUUUUACAAAUAAGAAAUGUGUUUAGAAUAGAAAUAUAAUCAAGACUUACAGUACAUACAAUACAUACAUGUACAUAAAAAUGAUAAGUCAUAAAAAAAGUAAUAAAUGUUUAAAAAAGUGUAACAAAAAAUCAUUUAAUAAUUGUAAUUUUAUGUUUAGUGUCUUUCCAUAAAAAUGGCCUAGUGUGGUAGACCACACUAUGGUUCCUUUUCUGACGAUGACACAUUUUCUUUCUACUUUAUAUUAUUUUUGCUAUUACAUUUAAUGUAUAAACUCAUAAUAUUUUUUUAUUUCAUUAUCGCAGAAAAUAUUCACAGGGUUUGGAUUGUUUUAUUCGUACUUCUAAAUUAUUAUUCGGUUAUUUUAAAUUAAAUUAUGACGUGUUUUAAUAUUUAUAUUUAAGAGUUUAUACUUUUAUAUUAGAUUUUUCGAUGCAGUUACGCACUUCACAUGUUGCAUUUUAUAAACAUUCUUCAAUAUAUUCUUGUUAAUUUAAUUAUUGUUAUUAAAAAGUGGAGGUGCUUGUUUGUUUCUUCGUAUUUGGGACCAUUAUUUUGUCUUUAUUCUUUAUAUUUCUUCCUAGUUAUUAAUAAACUUAACUAUGAAAUAA